UAGGCUCCAGCUUGCCUGCGACCCUGUAGAACAGGAUAAAGCGGCUAGAGAUAAUGAGAUGAGAUGAGUGGCAUUAUGUAAAUUCAAAUGACUGAUAUGUGACUGGGUGUAGUGGUUAGCACUGUCGCCUCACAGCAAGAAGGUCCGGGUUCGAGCCCUGUGGCCGGCGAGGGCCUUUCUGUGUGGAGUUUGCAUGUUCUCCCCGUGUCCGCGUGGGUUUCCUCCGGGUGCUCCGGUUUCCUGCACAGUCCAAAGACAUGCAGGUUAGGUUAACUGGUGACUCUAAAUUGACCGUAGGUGUGAAUGUGAGUGUGAAUGGUUGUCUGUGUCAGCCCUGUGAUGACCUGGCGACUUGUCCAGGGUGUACCCCGCCUUUCACCCGUAGUCAGCUGGGAUAGGCUCCAGCUUGCCUGCAACCCUGUCGAACAUCCCAUCUGCUCCAGAUAAUUGAUGGACGGGAUGCGUGACUGUUGAUAUAUCUGUGCAUUUCCAGCCAGUUAUCUCAGAUCUUCAUCAUUCCCAGGAUGUUCUUGAAGUUGCAAGAUGAUGAUACCAAGACGAUACCAUGUAACAUUGCAUCAUGCUGAAUUCUGUUUCCACAAGAGGUGCUGUAAUAGCAGAGUAGACUUCUCCCACCAUAUCAAGGCACAUUUAUUAACACGAUCGGUUUCGUUUUCAGCAAAGAGUGGUUACAAAUAUUCACUAGGCCACUAAAUUAAUGUUUAUGUCAUAGUGCUGGUGCAUGGAGUGUAUUCAGACAGACAUCACCUGACUUAUAUGGAAUGAUGUAAUGUUGCAUCACAGGCUGCAAUCUUCUCUGGAACUUGCAUCUUUUUGUACACUCGCUUCUCAUAGAUAUCUAGUCUGAUGUAUGAGUGUACAAACAGUGCAGUGCAAGGAUGAUGAUGAUGAUGACGUCAUAUGGUAGCCCACAAAAAUUAUUCUUUCUGGAUACUGAAAUCAGUUUUAAUGCAUGCAUAUUUUUUUUUUAUUUAAAUUGUAUUACAUGUACUGCUAUUUUAUCAUUUCAUCAGAUGUGCUUCAUGAAAAAUGCAUGCAAAGUUGUUUUUUUUUACUGCAAUAUCACAUUUUGCUAAUGUAUUCUUGUUUGUCACCACACUUGUGUGCACACACAUACAGCAUAAUAUAAAAUAGCCUACCAAAUACUAACUGUCCAUUUAGCUCGGACACACAAUCAGACAGACAGGUUUUGUCCCAACUUGUCAAAGGUGAAACAAAAGACUACUUGCUGUGUUUUUCCUUUCCUCGGCAGACAAUAACUGGUGCACGUUUCGUGUUACUGGGCAAAGUGGAACGCUCUGAACGUGCGCUCAAAGCUGAUUGGCUGAGUUGUCUCCAGGGGGCAUGGAAAGCUGGAGCUGGGCGGAGUUAUAUAAACAGCUUUGUUCAUGACAUCAGUGUUUGCAGAAGAGGUUCUGCUGCUGCACUGAAGGAAGGACUGAGCACUCAACCUGGUUUCUCUGCUCUUUGUUACUUUGAACAGAGUAAUUCGCCGAAAACUUAGGAUAUAUAUCAUUAAGUCCUGGCAAAACAUUCCCCGUAGGUUAUCACCACACGGUUUGGGUAAGCACAUUUGAUCCUGUACAGCUGCACUUAGAGGUUUGGAGUCAUGCAGAAGAUCCACAGUGAAGGUGUUUGGGCUGAUGGAGCUCCACAGCGACUGUCCUGGAGCGGCCUGGUGCAGAAACUCAACAGCAGUUACAGUAUAGACUCUGACUCCGAACACAGCGGCACAGAUGAUGGCUCGGACACUGGUUCUGUAUGUCUUCCUGACUUGUCUGCUCUGGAUGCUGACAUGUUCUACGAUCCAACAGAGGAGAGCCUCUGUAAAGAAGUAGUCCAACAGAUUGCUCUUAGCCUGAUUGAAGCAAAAGGCUGCACGUUGCACUGCUCCAAACUUCUCAUCCCCAACAAGCUUCUGGAGCAUAUAGGGACCGAGUUGGUGCAGCUGGCAGUGAGCGAGCCAUGCGGCCUCCGGGGGGCACUCAUUGAUCUGUGUGUGCAGCAGGGAGAGAUGUGUCAUAGCAUAAGCCAGAUUGCUGCUGACCCCUGCCUUGUACCCACAUUUCAGCUCACGCUCGUCCUCAGGCCUGAGUCAGGGGGCAUCUGGCCGAAGAUCCAGGGCUUGUUUGCUGCUAAAUCCUCAUCAACGUCUCCGAGAGGUGCCCUGAAACUCUGCACUGGCUUCAGAGUGAUCAAAAGGAAACUGUACAGCUCCGAAGAGCUGCUUAUUGAAGAGUGUUGAGCCCCAGUGCCAAAUCUGGACAUUUCUGAGGCAUUCUGGCUCUAUUAGGUCACCGUUUUAGUGAUCUGAGAGCUGUUCUCAACAAAGGACUAAAGACAAUACUGUGUAUCUAUUGACAAUAUUACCAGACAUUGCAGGUCUCACUUAUCACCAGGGUAUUUAUACAAAAAGAGCAUAGGGUACAGCAAAUGUAAAGGCAUUCUCAUACUUGCUGAUUGCUAUAUGUACAUCAUAGAUUGCACUCCUUUCAGGCAGUUUUUUAAUCUGUCUGGUGCCGUUUUGUUGACUGUGUUGAAAUAUUUACCUCACUUUUUAUUUUCUGAAAAUGACGACUGCGGCAGCUAUUUUAUCAACCUGAUUUACCCGUGUCUCGAAAUUUGUGGUUUUGUUUUAAUCCAACAAGCACUAUUUCAUGACCCAAGCUUGAUCUUUUAGUUAAAAUGGACUCUUAGCAUCUUAAUUGUUUUAGCACGUCAUGCAUAUUCAUUUGUGCAUCAUUUAUUUAUUUGAUAUUCAAAUGUUUUAUAUGUAAAUUAAGGGAACAUGGAAAAUUUAUUUUUUAAGAAA